UUGCAAUUGACGCUCCUCCGUGUAGUCGCAGAGAAUCAACAGCUUCUUUCACACGGAGGAUGAGGAGGAUGAUGCCACACAUGUAGACAGCAAAUCGCGCGUGCAGCAUGAGACACUGCUCUCACCACAGACGUCUUCCGUGGAUACCUUAGUGGGAACAGAUCUACAUGAAAGACAAUAUAGCAAGAGGAACGGUGCAGGCUGACACUGAUACGUGAAUUCGCCACUCCAGUCAAUGUAGACUGCGAUUUAACGCGACUUUGUGUCCCGAUCAGGCAAACCGCUAUUCAUGUUGCAAGCCCGAGCUUUAUGACAAUGGAUUAUUCGCUGUUACUAUACAGCCUUUGGGUUCCCGUUAUUCUGGCUGUUGAGGAGACUCUUAUGGACAGCAGGUGGGCUACUACAGAGCUGGCGUGGACCACCUAUCCGGAAACAGGGUGGGAGGAAGUAAGUGGAUACGAUGACCACUUGAGCCCCAUCAGGACAUACCAGGUCUGUAAUGUGAUGGAGCCCAAUCAAAACAACUGGCUGCGGACUGACUUCAUCCCCCGGCGAGGGGUCCUCCGCGUAUAUGUGGAGCUCAAGUUUUCGGUGCGAGACUGUGGCAGUAUCCCAAAUAUUCCCGGGUCCUGUAAGGAGACCUUUAAUUUGUUUUACUAUGAAUCGGAUGGAGAUACGGCCACAGCGAGCAGCCCGCCUUGGAGGGAGAACCCCUAUGUAAAGGUGGACACCAUAGCCCCCGAUGAGAGCUUUUCGCUGCUGGAAUCAGGUAUCGUCAACACCAAAGUACGGAGCUUCGGGCCUCUUUCCAAAGCUGGUUUCUACCUGGCCUUCCAGGACCUGGGCGCCUGCAUAUCUCUCAUCUCCGCUAGGGUCUUCUUCAAAAAGUGCUCGACUUCCAUCGCCAACUUCGCUGUCUUCCCCGAGACGGCCACUGGUGCGGAAGCCACUUCUCUAGUCAUCGCCGCGGGGGCCUGCGUGCCAAACGCCGUAGAGGAAUCGGUCCCUUUAAAGCUAUACUGUAAUGGAGAUGGAGAAUGGAUGGUUCCCGUGGGAGCGUGCACCUGCAUGCCGGGCUUUGAGCCGGCCAAGAAAGACACUCAAUGCCAGGCCUGCACCCCAGGGACAUUUAAAUCCAAACAAGGCGAGGAAUCUUGUAUGCCAUGCCCUCCCAAUAGCCGGGCCAGCUCUAGGGCAUCAAGUGUAUGCCCUUGUCAAAAUGGCUACUACCGUGCUGACAGUGACUCCCCGGACACCCCCUGCUCUACUAUUCCCUCAGCACCCUUAAGCGUGAUAUCCAUCGUGAAUGAGACAUCCGUGUCUCUCGAGUGGUCCGAGCCACGGGAUUUAGGCGGGCGAGGUGACGUCGUCUACAACGUCGUAUGUAAAAAGUGCCUGCACGAUGGCGGAUCGUGCGCCCGCUGUGAUGAUAACGUGGAGGUGUCUCCCCGGCGACUGGGUCUGGCAGAGAAACAGGCGGCAGUAAGGAAUCUGCAGGCUCACACCCAUUAUAGCUUCGAGAUUCAGGCUGUCAAUGGCGUGUCCUCCAAGAGUUCAUCCAGCCCUCAAUACGCCACAGUCAACAUCACCACGAAUCAAGCAGCUCCAUCCGCAGUCCCCACCGUACAUUUAAUGCGGGCUACAGCUGGUACUCUCAGCCUCUCCUGGCUGCCCCCAGAGCGGCCCAACGGCGUGAUCCUGGAUUAUGAGAUCAAGUACCAGGAGAGGGGAGAGUCUUUUUCUCACACUGUCACUGCCCAGCAUACUUCGGCCAAGGUUGAGGGUUUAAAGGCUGGUACGGUGUAUGUCGUGCAGGUUCGUGCUCGGACAGUAGCUGGGUAUGGACGCUAUAGUAACCCGGUGGACAUCAGUACAAGUCUGUAUGAUGAUCCAGAGCGGUCAGUACAAGACCUGUUGCCUCUCAUUGUGGGCUCUGCCGCUGCAGGAUUUGUGGUCAUCCUUGCCAUGGUUGUCAUCGCUGUUGUUUGCCUCAGACGGCAGCGUACUGGCUCGGAGCUGGAGUACACUGAGAAACUACAGCAGUACGUUUCCCCAGGUGUCAAAGUUUAUAUUGACCCUUUCACAUACGAGGACCCGAACGAGGCAGUUCAUGAAUUUGCCCGAGAGAUCGACAUCUCAUGUGUGAAGAUAGAGGAAGUAAUUGGAGCAGGAGAGUUUGGGGAGGUGUGUCGGGGGAGGCUGAAGCAACCCGGCAGGAAGGAAGCAACGGUGGCCAUUAAGACGCUGAAGGCGGGCUAUACGGAACGCCAGAGGCGGGACUUCUUGAGCGAGGCCAGUAUCAUGGGCCAGUUUGACCAUCCCAAUGUCAUCCACUUGGAAGGAGUUCUGACCAGGAGCUGUCCGGUUCUUAUCGUCACAGAGUUCAUGGAGAACGGAGCUCUAGACUCCUUCCUCAGAUUGAAUGAUGGGAGGUUCACAGUAACGCAGCUGGUUGGCAUGUUGAGGGGCAUCGCAGCUGGUAUGAAGUAUCUGUCCGAUAUGAACUACGUCCAUCGCGACCUGGCUGCCCGAAACGUGCUUGUCAACAGCAACUUGGUCUGCAAGGUCUCAGAUUUUGGCCUCUCGCGCUUUUUAGACGAUAACUCAUCGGAUCCCACCUACACCAGCUCACUGGGAGGAAAGAUCCCAAUCCGCUGGACUGCACCAGAAGCCAUCGCCUUCAGGAAAUUCACCUCUGCGAGUGAUGUAUGGAGCUACGGCAUUGUGAUGUGGGAGGUUAUGUCAUUUGGAGAGCGGCCGUAUUGGGACAUGAGCAAUCAAGACGUAAUGAAUGCAGUGGAGCAGGACUACAGAUUGCCUCCUCCCAUGGACUGCCCUGCAGUGUUGCACCAGCUCAUGCUGGAGUGCUGGGUGAAGGAGCGGAACAUGAGGCCGCGCUUCGGCCAGAUCGUCAGCACACUUGACAAGCUGCUCCGCAACGCCGCGAGCCUCAAAGUGCUUACCAGCACACAAUCGGGGGAUCUCUGUCGAAUUGGCGGGACCCUGCCGGGCCACCAAAGGAAGAGUAUAGGAGAUUCACAAGACAUGAAACAACAAAUGAGCCAAACUCUGCCCAUACGGGUUUGACUGAUUAAAAAAAACACCUGCCGAGCCUCCGGGCUAAUAACAAAUUCCCGUUUGAAGAAUAAUCCCUAUUGGGACAAUCCAUAGAAAGCCGAUGGAAAAUUACCGGAGCUGACUAAUGCUUGAAACCUGGAUACGAUUUGGGACGGCUACGUCGCACCCCACCCGAGGACCCGUGGAAAACUAUGGCGUGUCCAACGGAAAACCGUAUUUGCUUGAUAGGCAGACUGAGUAUCGGGCACCUGGGGAGAAGUGGGAUAAAACAACACAUGUUAAUUGGAAUGUUGUACGAUGGCGCCUCAGGCAAACGUCUUUGUUCUUUCCUUCCUCUUUUUCAUGACUUUCCCAUGUUUACACUGAAUUUCAUUACGUGGAUUCAAUUGACGACGUUUCUACUUCUCAGGUUCAUUUUGCAUGUGUGCAUGUGUUUCUCUAAUGGCAAAGAAAUAUCUCUCUUCCAUAACUCAAAUCCCUUCCACACUUUCCUCUUUGCCGUCUUUAUUUACAGAGGCCACAAAAAGACGAGACGGACUCGAGAAUUAUAAGCUAACUGUAAUAAUGUUUAAAAAAUGAAAUAAAUGUAGGCCGGGACCGUUUGAUGUUGACUUGAGGCUAUUUUGCCACUCUUUAUUCCCUCAAAGACCCGUUUCUUCUGAUCUCUGCUUCAUAUUGAAGAAAGGACGACAAGAAGAGUGGAGGGAGACGUGAAAGUUUCAAACCAGGCAGAAUGGACUGUGGCUCUUAGUAGGCGACGAGAACAUUUUCAAAGAACGGGACUUCUUUAAAGGAAGAACUUUAAACUUUUAAAAAGGGAAUUAUGGCUCAAGAAAGGUGUUUUAUUUACCUCUUGUUGUAUUUUCGUCUUCCAUGAAACGUUGCUGAGAGACUUUUCCUCAUGGGGGACAUCAGACUGUGAUUUAGGAAAUAUUGUUUCCCCAACCUAUGAAUAAGGGGAAAAUUGUGCUCUUUGUAUGUGUGUGUGUGUAUGUAUGUAUGUGUACAGUAUGCUGUUUUAUGCUUGAGCGCGUGUUACAGCUUUACAUGCAUGCCAUAUUCAAAACUCAAAACUAUUCGAGAGGUGAAACAGUGACUCGAGAGCUGUUGGCUGAUGAAUACUCCAAUUAUUGAAUUCAGUCUGUUCCAGUAUGCAUAACUGUGUAAAUAAAUAUGCCCCAUAACAGACAAAGAGUCAACAA